UGUUCGGUGACCUGGCGCUGUGCAGCCGCACCGGGAAGGGGGGAUUGAAGCUCGGGGCCGGUUUCACAGCUCCGGCAGCAUUUGGGGGCCCUUCCCGGCCACCGCGCUCACCCCGACGGUUCGACCCCACUGCCGGGGAUCACCGGGCAGUUUCCAACUGGAAGUUCCCCGGGAAAGUGGCUGCGAUUUCGAGAGGAUGCCUGCGAGCCGGGACCGAGGGUUUUGGGGGCAGCCCAGGCUGGCGCGGCACCCAGCGGGUGUCCGUGUGGUGGAACAGGCACUGGCCACCGAGAGCGGGACGCGGCGACCGCCCUACGCCGGGACCCCGAGGGGCGGCGAGGGCCGGGGGAGACCGCGGGGCUGCAGCGUGUCCCCCCGCGAUGGCCGUGUCCCCGCGGGGUUGAGUCUUGGCUGGUUUGGUGGCGUUUCUCCUGCGAGCAGGAGUGGUGAACCACAGAGGUCCUUGUCCCACGCACCGUCCCAAAAUUGCUUUUCGCUCCCCGGGCCGCGGGCAUCCCCAGGAUCCGCUCACUCCGGGCUGCCCGGAGGUCUCAUCCUAUCCCGGCGCUGCUGGCAGCCCCCGGGCUCGGGGCUUUGCACGCCGCCGUCCCGCUCCUCGUGGGUUCGGGGAGGGAAUGAGGAUCCAACCCAAAUGUGCUUUUCCAGCCGCCUCUCCCGCGUUCUCCUGCCCCCCGCGCGGUGCCGUUGGCAGCGGCCGGUCAAAGACAGCGUCUGCAGAGCCGGUUCACGGGGGAGCUCUCAAAAUCCCCAGGUUUCUUGACCCGCUGCUGAGCCAUGUGGCGCCACGCAGCCCCGGCACUCCCGGCUGCGUCCCGCUGCUCCCCCCGGGGAAGGAACGAUGACCCCCGGAGCCACCGGCGACUCUAAUGCGGGGCUGCCCCGCGGUGUCACGGCUCCGGCUGCAGCUCCUGCAAGUGCUUUGACCUCAAUUUGUUUUUAAACGGAGCCACUCCGCCUCCCGGGGAGGCCGCGGGGGUCGUGCCGCAGCCCCGUGCCCCCGGUGCCGCUCGGCAGCCCGGAGCGCCGGUGGCAGCGGCGUGACUCGCCGUGUUUACGAGAGCGCCGCUUCUCGUGCCUCCGUGGAGUGGCACUUGUGCCUGCUGCCCACGCAGGGAGGUCACCGUGUGCCCGCCUGGGCAGCGCUGACCGUCCCCUGCUCCGGUGCUCCCUUUGCCCGCUCCGGUGCGGUCCCGCUGGAUCGGAGCUCCCGCGGGCGGUGUGGAGCGGAGCCCCGGGCAUCGCCCACCCCGCAAUCCUCCCCGUGUCCCGCAAAAUGCAUCUGAACACCUCCCUCUCCUGCUUACGGCAAGGCCAGGCAGGAGUGCAAACGUUCUGAGAGUUUCUGGGAAAGCCCUGUCCCUGCAUGGGAUGAAGCUGACCGUGCUGCAGAAGCUCCCGCCGGCAGCUCUGGGUCGCGGUCCCUGUGCUUGGGGACAGCCCCGCCGGCUGGCAGAGCUUGUACCAGCCGCAGGGGCGAUUUACCCCACCCCGCGUGGGGAGCCCUGUCUGGUCCGGGGCAGAGUCCCUCGGGGGGGCUCAGGGGCAGAGUGGCAGCGCCGUGUGACGCGAGAUGACAUUAACUCCCACCUGCUUCCGCGGGUGCCUGGCACGCCCGGCCCCCUCCUCGCCGAACGCGCCUUUCACUCAUGUAGUUAGGAAAAGUUAACUUUUCUAUUACCGCGCAUUUCACUUACCCAGGCACUUAAUUACCAUUGUCCCAGGGAAAUGUCAGUGUGACUCACAGACGCUUUCCCAUUAGGAAGAGACAGAUGAAUAUUAAGUUGAGUUGCUGGUGGGUGGGCUGGCUUCCAACUCCGCUCCCGGGGGACCCUGUCACCCUCCACGCCCUGGACCCUUGGAGGACCCUCUUACUCAGCUCAGUAGGUCUGUGGCACUUUGCUCUGGGGACAGGAGUAAUUCGACCUCCCACCCGGAGCAAAGGGAAGGAGCCUUAUUCCAAACGACUUUUCCCUCUGCGUCCUUGGGAUUUGUUCAAUCCCUAUCACAUGUCCCUCGUGUGCAAUUACCCUGUGCGGGGAGGUGACUGCCCCCCAGGCCGCUGGGUGCAUAUAUGCAUAUACACAUAUUCAUAUCAAAAUAAUGGCUUUGGUGUAGAAAUGCUCCACCCCGCCGUGUCUGUGGUGCCCGCACGGCCAUCAGUCCCAGCACCGAGGGUUAAACUGCCCGAGGGCUGCCCACAGCCCCUCGCCCAGGGUGUUGCGGUCGUUUGCAGAUGCGUUCUGUUCUUCUCAGCUUUGUUCUGUGCCUGCCCAGCCCAGCACACCCCGACACAGCGAGGCGGGGCCGCGGCCGCCCUCUGCCCCUGCGGGGCCUGAGCUCCAUCCCCCCUCACUGCAGCCCAGGGACGGAGGGGUGGGUUCCUCCAUUGACCCUGAGGAGGAUGAAGGGCUCUGCCCUCGCCCCCCACCCCCUGUGCUGCUCCCUUGGUCCCUCCGUGUUGGCGCAGCCCCAGCCUGGAUGGGUUAAAAUCCACCUCCAGACAAAAGCCGUGGGUCCCGCCUGCUUUUCAAGGAGCAGGGGGAUGCUGAUGGUCCUGAUCACCAGCCCCGACAGAGGACCACGGGCACAGGCUGCCGUGGCUGCUGGGUGCCCAGCAGAGGGUCCCAGUCCUGUCGAUGGCCCCCACUUCCCUCACCAGUGCUGGGAGGGCUGAGCAAGGGGGCACCAGGUCCAGCAGCUGGUGUUCGAGCUGGGAGAACAGCAGGUUGCUGGGAAACAUCCCUCUUGAGCUCCGAUAAAAAUAGCUCCAUCUUCAAGGCAAGAGGACUGGCUGCACUGCCGGCGACGCAGGGGAUGUGUCUGCACCCACCGGGGUGUGGGGCCGCUGCAGGAUGUCCUGUGGGGUCUGUGCCUCGGACCCCCAUCCCACACGGCUGUUGUGACAUGGUGCAGUGGGACAGAGAUGCAGGGGCUCAGGGAUUGCCUGUCAUUGCCCCAGUGCUGUUCUCCUUUAUCCCCAAAUCAGACUUGGAAAUGUGUGAGAACAGGAAUCAGGGCUGAGUGAGGAAAGUGGGGGUGUCUUUUUCCCCCCACUCAUCUGCCCCUGCCUCUUUGGCUCGUCUCAGUGUUUGCCCUCAUGAGGAGGGGCUUCAGGGAGAUGUGGAGCUGGGCUUUGAGCUCUGGCAUCGCAGAGGUUGGGGGGUUUCUAUGCAAAGGCUUUUUCACCUGACAGCAGCUAGGCUGGGUGGGUUGGGACAUCCCUUUCCCAGGGCAUGAAGACCCUCUCUCCCUUUCCGGCAGCUCUGGAUGGGCGCACUUCUCUCCCCAGCAUCCCACGAGGAUGGUGCCUCUCCCCAGCCUGGGGAGCAGGGUGAGAGGAGGUCAGGGAUUCAUCUUUCCCCCUCCACCCUUCUUGGACACGAUUUGAAUUCGUUGUCCAGGGGUUUCACUCCCCAGCAGCCAAACCCCUCUGGGACGCAGCUGUGUGGGAAGACGGACAGACCCCAUCCCAGUCCUCUGCCACCUUCCUUGUCUGGGGCACGCGUUUCGGCCCCGAGGACCGAGGCCGGGCACGUCGGAUGCCUCCGAGUGGCGGGACGUGCACCCCGAUUCCCGGGGCGGCCGGGGGCUGCGGGGAGGCCUCGGCGGUGCGGGCGAGCCUGCUCGGGAGGUGGCGGGGAUGCUGCGGGGCUGAUUAUUCACAGCUUCCCUCGCCCCGAUUGGCUCUGCCGCCGCGCACAGCCGGGCCCCGCCGCAGGAGGAGACUCCGUGGCCAUAAAAGCGGGGUGAGAGGCAGCCGGCGGCGAGUCCGGUGGGCAACCCGGGCAGCACCGUGGGGCCACCUGCCAGUGUGGCCUUGCCACCGAUGACUGGCGCAGCCUGACGCCCGCGGAGGGACGCCCAUCAGCCACGACCCGUCCUGACUUGGCGAAGCGGGCGCUCGGCGGGACAGGGAGCGGCGGCAGGCAGCAUCUGCAGGGCGAGAUGGCACGGCGGGCACUGGCACUGGCACUCUGCCUGUCCCUGUCUGCGGUGGCAUCUGCUGACUGUGUCACCCAGUGCUCCCUCUGCGCAGCCCAGACCCGCGGUGCCGAGAGCAGCGUCCAGCCCCUGAUGUGCCUCUGGGAAUGCCAGGGCUCCUUGUCACCCGGCCCCGAGUGGGAGAUGUGCAGGAAGGCGCUGGCGCUCCUGGCCCCGCUGGUGGCCCUGGCCGAGGGGACAGACCCGUCCCCACGGGAGGCAGAGGAGGAUGAGGCACAGCCGGAGCAGGGUCUGGGCCCCGCAGAGCUGCUGCCGGCACCGGCCAAGCGCUACGGGGGCUUCAUGAAGAUGAUGUCCAAGGCCAAGCUGCUGUCCCUGCUCCGCGAGAACGCUCACGGCAAGAGCGGCCUCAGCAAGAAGUCCGGGGGCUUCAGCCGCAAGCCGGGCGAGCGAGCGGCCCCCGAGGACUACCCGGGGCCGGCAGGGGACGGGGACGAAGAGCCCACGGAGGCCGGGGGGCCGGAGCUGCACAAGCGCUACGGGGGCUUCCUGCGCCGCAUCCGCCCCAAGCUCAAGUGGGACAAUCAGAAGCGCUACGGGGGCUUCCUGCGGAGGCAGUUCAAGGUGACCACGCGGUCGGACGAGGACCCCAGCGCCUACUCAGGGGAGGUGUCAGACCUAUAGAGCCAGGCGUGGGAUGGCAGCACCACGGUCCCCACACUGCCACCCCGACUGUGCCAUCGCCCCCAGCCCUGUGCCCUGCCCGGUGUGGCUGGUGUCACCCUUGCCUCAUUCCCUCAGGGGACCGUGAGUUCCAUCCCAUGUCCCUCUCUGGUUCACCUGCCCAUCCUGUGCACGGAGGGGACAGUGCCACUCCUCCGGCUGCUGGCGGUGUGGCUGUGGCCCAGCCCAGGGGUCCCAGGGGCAGAUUGCUGGGGACACAGAUCCUCCAUCCUCCCGUGGCUGCCAGAGCACAGCAGGCUCUGCAAACCACCAGAGCUGAGGUACAGGGCGGGGGGCUCCGAGCACUGGGAAGGAUGAACCAGGGCAGGAUCGGGGAGGUGGCUGCCGUGGCCACGGGCAGAGGUGGCUGGUGGAACCACAGCACCAUCACCAGGUGCUCGAGCAGUGCUGAGCCCAGCUCCCACUCCCCUCCCCGAGCCUCUCACAGCGCCCCACCAAUCCCAGCACCCACCUGGUGCCCCUGGGCUCCCCCUCCAAGAGCAACUCUAGAGGCAGGGUCUGCCCCAUGCCCCAACACCCAACUCCCCCCCGCAGUCAAUAAAAGGCAGAUGCCAACGAAGCUGAAGCCAUGCUGGGUGCUGAGCGUGCUCUGCAGGGCAGAGCAAGCACCCCAAACUGGGGCACCCAAAUGGGCCAGGGGUGCUGGCUGUGAGACCUGCAGGCAGCACACAGUGGUAUCCUUCCUGUGCCACAGGUGCCAAAAGGAAUGUGGCGCCCCACGCACCUCUGGAGCUGUACCCUGAGGGUGACAGGGCCAUCUCAGCUGAGCAAGUGCAGGGCAGGCAUGCUCAGCCUGCUGCAGGGGUGUGUGUAUGGUGCUGGCAAGGCACCUCCUGGAGCAGCAGGCAGGGGAGACUCCCCUGGGAAUCACAGCUGCUGCCCAGCUGGGAAGGGGCAGUUGUGCUGAGGGCAGGGGGCAAACUGUCCCUUUUCUGCUCAGUGACCCCUCCAGCAGCAGCUCAGCGCUCUGGAAGCCCAACCUGGUCAGCAACUUCCCUUUUGAGUGUCUGUGUAGCCCCACAUGGCAGUUCCUGGCUCUGGUGAGACACAGUUCAUGCCCCAGACACAGCCCAGGCACCAGCUCCAGGUUGGGAAAGUGGGGAGGUCACUGCAGAGCACUGGAACACUCAGCUCACUC